AUGUGCAGCCCGGUGUCACCAAACAACGGGACGUUCGAUCUAAUCGGUGCACCCCGGAAUGAUCUCCGGGGACGCUCGAAGGGAUUGAACGGCAAAGCGCAAAAGAAGAAGAAGAAGAAGAAAAACGAUUUACGUGAACACAUCGACUUUAUACACGUGCGUCCACAGUACCGUCCGAGCUUGAGACGUCCAUCCGGAGGCGGUAAGCCGAGCAACAGCGGGCCGCAGCAAACGUCCAGAGAGCAGCCAGACACCACGACCGAACGCACUAAGAGCACGCGACGCUCUGAAGUGCCCGCUGCCAGCGCCGAGCAGGCGACCUCCGAUCAGCAGCCGACGACAGCGACAACGCCGGCCUCGUCACUGCUGGUGCGCCGUCGCCGUCCCACCACCGCCUCGAGCUAUCUGGCCAAAAUAGCGAACCGGCAGCGGCCGGGCAGCAGUGUGAUGUCAUCGACGGAGGAAACAACCACCAUCGCCACCAGGUCGGAGGUGUCGCAAAGCCGUGUCGGCCGUCCGAACCUCGCCAGCAACGGCGGCGUACGGCGCAAAUAUGGACCCGCUAAUAGAACCGGUUACACCGGCAGCAACACCGCAGUGGGGGGCGAGAGCACCACCGCCAUACCCAGCGCCAGCAGCGAGACAAGCCCGGGUGCAGAAACAUCCACUCGACCGGUAAACUCAUUGUUUAAACGGCGAAACAAUGGUUCGCCGCUAACGCGCACUACAACACCAACGCCCCUAGAGGCGAUCCCAGCGUCCACGGGAGCGCCAGUUAGCAGUAAGUUCUUCAAGAAAAACAAAUAUCGCAUCGGUGCACUCGGUACCGGGCCGGGCUCGGAACGGAACGUCAAUGAGCAGCAGACGGUACCCGCCCAGUCGCUGGAUGUGGCAGGUGUCGAUCAAAACAUUGAGCCCAGUAUACGGCAGAACAGCAAGCUGUACAAUGCGAAGAAUCGCUAUCAGCAGAUAGGCGAACACGACGAUGGCGAACCGAUCGAGCAGGAGCUGCUCGAUGCGCUUACCACACUGUCGCGUGCACCGCUGCCAAUCGUCAGCACCACUACCGUGCGCAAUGGGUACGAAGGUGUGGUGGAUAAGGAAUGGGUCCGGCAGCAGCAGAAGCAGACGCAGUACGCGGCGGAAGCGAAUGGGCGGGCGACCACCCACAAAUACAACGUUACGCACGACUAUCCCAACACGCUCGGAUACAGCGCUCCAGUACAUGCGACGUCAACGCACAAACUGCAGGCACCCAUACAGCGACCCCGUAUUGCGACGCACUCCGAGUAUUACUACCAGCAAACGACACCCGGACUGAUCUAUACGUCGCCGAUCGCAACGGCUACGAUCAGUCCACGGCAGGACACUACCGUACUGUCACAGUUCCCCCGAAACCAUCAACCAUCCCCGUAUGAAAGGCAAACCAGCAGCGGUAGAAGGAAGCAGAAGGAUGAUGUUACCGGCCGUACCUAUCGUCCUGCACCAGUCGAUUACGACUACUACGAUGAUGGAGAUACUCGCAAAGUUGGAAAAUCCAGUUCGCAGGUUAAAGUGAUCAUGCACGGACCGGGCAUUAUCGAGUGUCUCGACCAGGGCAACUUUCCACAUCCGCUGUCAUGCAAAAAGUUCAUCUCUUGUGCCAAAAUGGAGAUCGGAGGCGUCAUCGGUUGGGAGUAUACGUGCCCGAAGGGUCUCAGCUAUGACCCGGUCGGUGGCAUCUGCAACUGGUCCGCCGGGUUGGGUUGCAACGAGUGA